AUGAAUAUUCAAAACCUCUCCAGUUACGAUCCCUUCGCCGAUCUCGGCGACGAGUCAAAGUCAGACGCUACCCAGGCCGUCAAGAAGCAACAGACCCAGAACUACGUUCACAUCCGUGUCCAGCAGAGGAACGGUCGUAAGACUCUCACCACUCUUCAGGGACUUCCCAAAGAGUAUGACCAAAAGAAGCUCCUGAAGGCUUUCAAGAAGGAAUUUGCAUGCAACGGUACCAUUGUUGACGACGAAGAGCUUGGUCAGGUUAUCCAGCUCCAGGGUGACCAGCGUCAGAAGGUUGCUGCUUUCAUCGUUCAGGAAGGUAUCACCCCUAAGGCCGACGUCAAGGUGCACGGUUUCUAA